AUUAAUUUAUUAUAAUUUUAUUUAGUAUCUUAAUUAUUCACAGAGAAAGAAUAUGAGAUGACUGAAGACUCUCACCUUGUGGAAUUGAGAAAGAGCAUUUGCAACGGAGAUUGGAAUGCUGUUAAGCAGUUUUUUGUUUUUGACAAGCAUCCACUAGAUACAAUAAUAUUACCGACCGAAGGCUACACUGCUCUUCAUGUUGCAAUACGGGUCGGGAAAUAUAAGAUUGCCGAGGAUUUGACAACGAUGAUGUCGGAAACAGAUCUGGAAAAAAAGACUGCGAGUAGCAAUGGUGGUUACACGGCUCUUACCUUAGUUGCAUCGACGGAAAGAACAAACACGGCAAAAUGCAUAGUCCAAAAGAACAGCAAAUUACUUACAAUUGAAAGUGAUACUGGCUUUAUCCCAGUAACUGUAGCAAGUGCUACAGGCCACAAGGAGAUGACACAUUACCUUUAUUAUGUCACCCCAUCCGAAGUCUUCCUACCACAGAUGGCAAUCAUGGAAUCUGUCUCAUGUGGGGGUGUCUGCAUAACAAAAUGUUAGGUAGUUGUCUAUUCAAGCUCUUUUAUUUUAUUGUUCCUUGUGUGUUUGGGAUCCAAGAUGCAUGAGAGGAGUUAGUGACCGGGUCCACACUAGUAGCUUAUAUCUUAAUCGGAAAAUUUUUAAAAUUAAAUGUAACAUUAUUUA